AUGGGGUCACCCUCCUUUCGAAUGUCCCGCCAGAGGCUGGAGGGCGUGAUGCGUUGGGGAUAUGCUUUUCUGUACAUUAUGGACUCACUUCUCUCUCUCCUCGGAGUUUACUCCCUGAUAUAUUUCGUCUUGAGGGUAUGCAGUUCCCCGUCCGUAGAGGCCGCAUCGCUGACGCCUUCCUGGCCCAUGGCCAAUGAAACGAAUUUCUCUGCCGACAGCAGUCGGCCUCUCCUGUCCAGUCCUUCUCUACGGCAGGAGCUGGCCCUAAGUGAUGGCGCUCUGGGCGAUGAGGUGCACUCAAGUUGGGACGCUGCGAUUGAGGUCGGAUGCAUUGCAAACUUCAUAUUUCUAAUCAGUGCUCUUCUGGCGAGGGAGGCAGCUAGCUUGUCAGUUACGAGGGCAAAGCACUACGUCAGUACAGAGGCAUCAGAUGAUAAUCCUAUUAGGAGAGCCUGGCGGCUUGUCAGAUUGCACAGGCUCGUCGGGAAGCUGCUCUUUGGCGUCCUGAUACUUUCCUGGGCGUCUUACGUGUGGCGGGCAGCCCAGCUUUGCUCGGGUCACUUGGACGGGGGAGAAGAUUGGGACUACUGCUAUGCCUCCUAUAGUGCACUUUCUGGACCUCAUUCGUUCUGUGUCACUUUCAUUCAUUGCAUCGUGCUACCAUAUCUCGUUCUCAAGUUGCUGCCUGACGAGCCGACUGAUCUCUAA